AUUGUGGGAUAGCAUCAGGAGGUCAGCAGCGUUCCGUGUUGUACAAAAAUAAUUUUCCGUUGGAUAUUAACUCAUUUUAAAGGAUAUCAACAAUGCGAGGAGAUGAAACGGAUUCGGAGUCCGUUAAAUCAGACGAUGGCUCGAUUCGCAGGAGCCUCGAAGCGCUUUGUCAAGAGCUGAACAUGGACGAAGAGACGGCGACAGAAGCGCUUCAGAACUUCAACUCCAUCUGGAACACAUACACACUAGAGGGUGAUGUUGUACACUGGCUAGUGUGUUCUCUGUAUGCUGCCUGUAGGAAGAGCUCCACGCCCACUGUGGGGCGUGGCGUGAUGGAGGGCAACUGUGUUUCCCUUACAAGGAUACUGCGCUCCUCUAAACUCAGUUUGAUCCAGUUCUUCAGCAAGAUGAAGAAAUGGUCGGACAUGUCAAAUCUCUCACAGGACUUCCGCAACCGCAUAGGUGGACUAGAGCGCAACUUUGAAGUGUCCACAGUGAUUUUUCGUAAAUUUGAGCCGAUAUUUCUGGACAUGUUUCAGAAUCCUCAGGGUGAACCUCCGCGCCUGCCUAGAAGCCGUAAACACCGACGUCUUCCAUGCCACAUCAGUGAUGUCUUCAAGUUCUGUUGGACUCUCUUUGUGUAUACAAAAGGUAAUUUCAGUAUGAUUGGAGAUGACCUGGUCAAUUCUUAUCAUCUCCUGCUCUGCUGUCUGGACUUGGUGUUUUGCAACGCUCUCAUGUGCUCCAAUUGGAAAGAUCUCAUCAAUCUACACUUCAGAGGUCUGCCCAAGGACACAGAAAACCUGAAAGAGAUGCCAUGCGUGAUUGACAGGUUGUGUGAACUGCAUGAUGGGCUGGUGGUGGAGGCUAAAGGCAUAAAGGAGCACUACUUCAAACCCUACUUAAAGAGCCUGUUUGAGAAAAGAAUACUAAAAGGUGACACUGAGGCUCUGACUGAAUUGCUUGACCCCCCAAACUUCCAAGACAACAAUAAAGCCAUAAAUCGUGAGUAUGAGGAGUAUGUUUUGACUGUGGGUGAUUUUGACGAGCGAGUGUUUUUGGGUCCUGAUGCGGAUGAGGAGAUCGGCACACCACGCAAAUCCACUGCCGAACCUCCGGCGGGUCAACUUUCCGCUCGCAUGCAGGUGGAGAACAACCUUCAGCAACACUUUGAGAAGAUGCGCUCCCUUGCUCCCUCUACGCCUCUAACGGGUCGUCGGUAUUUGAAGGAGAAGGAGGUGUUGGUCACCCCUGUUUCUUCAGCCACUCAAAGUGUGAGCAGACUGCAGAGUAUGGUGUCUGGACUCCGCAACGCACCCAGUGAUGCUCUGCUACAGAUCUUUAAUUCCUGCUCUCGGAACCCCACUGAAGCCAUUCUAAAGCGAGUGAAGACCCUGGGAGAGAGGUUUAAAGAGGCCUACACCAAACCAUCAGAAGACCUACCAGGAGCACACAUUGAUUUUGCAGAGAAUCGUCUGAAGCUGGCUCAGAUCUUGUACUUUAAAAUCCUGGAGAACAUCAUGACACAAGAGAUGAAGAGACAACAGGGCAAAGACAUGGCAGUCCUGUUGGAGCAAGAGGUGUUGCAUUGCUCUCUGCUGGCGUGCUGUCUGGAGGUGGUACUGUUUGCUUACAGCUCUCAAAGAACCUUCCCCUGGAUACUAGAAAUCUUCCAUAUCCCACCUUUCUACUUUUACAAGGUGAUUGAGGUGUUUAUCCGCUCUGAGGAAAGUUUGUCCAGAGACAUGGUGAAACAUCUGAACAGUAUAGAGGAGCAGGUGCUGGAGAGCAAAGCCUGGAGUCAAGACUCUGCCCUGUGGAGCUCUCUCAACAACGCCAACAAUAAAGUCCCCACUGUAGAAGAGGUGAAUUUUCCCAGUAGUUUUGACACGGGCAACAGUACAGGGGGUCCCACUCACCUCCCUUUGGUGGCUUUGUCCCCCAUUAUCCACCCUCGCAUCAGAGAGGUCCGCACUGGCCUGGGCUCCAGCGCACGCAAAGACGUCCCUCAGUCUCCCAUCUCUCUUCACGAUCGCUACAGCUCUCCUGCCGCUGGCAGUGCUAAGAGACGCUUAUUUGGUGACGACCCUCCACCUCCGUCCCCAAUGAAGAGAAUUUCAGUAACCCCCAUCAAAAUAAUUCCCAGUUCCACAGAAAACCAAAACACCACCGGUACAGCGACUGUCUUCUCCAUGGCAACUGGAAACGGCCAACAGCUGACCAUUCCUCUGCCAGUGGUAAAGAAUGAGAUGGGCAGCUUCACUGUCAUUCAGCUGCAGGCCAAUGAGAUGAACCCCCUCACUGCUCAAUUGUUACUGACCGCCUCCCCAAGCCGAAACAUAGCUCCACCCACCGGCCCAGAGACACACCCACCCGUCAACAAACCCCGCCGCACUGGAUCACUAGCACUCUUCUUCAGGAAGGUGUAUCAUUUAGCCAGUGUGCGUCUGCGAGAUCUGUGUCUGAAGCUGGACAUCUCAGCAGAGCUGCGGGGGAAGAUCUGGACAUGUUUUGAACACUCUGUACUGCACUGCACUGACCUGAUGAAGGACAGACAUCUGGACCAACUGCUGCUCUGUGCCGUCUACAUUAUAGCAAAGAUCACAAAGGAAGAGCACACUUUUCAAGACAUUAUGAAAUGCUACCGAACUCAACCUCAGGCCAACAGCCAUGUGUACCGUAGUGUUUUACUGAAACGGCGUCCCAGAGAGCAACAGACAGAUGAGAACAUGGAAGUGGAUCCACCAGCAGACCAGUCCAACGAGAGGACAGAAUCAGCUGGAAGAACAGAUGCAGACAGUGAAUCAGAAGAAAGAGGAGACCUCAUCCAGUUCUACAACUCUGUCUACGUUUUAAAGAUGAAAUCUUUCGCUCUCAGAUAUGCGCAUUCAACACUCGACAGCAAGAUGGAGGCUCCUCCAUUAUCUCCGUUCCCCACGAUCCGUGCUCAGCCUUUGUCUCCUCGUCGUGUGUCUCAGAAACACUCCAUCUUUGUCUCUCCUCGUAAGAAUGGCUGCAGUCUCACUCCCAGUGCUUCCUACACGUACAAGUUCACUAGCAGCCCUUCCAAGGAGCUGAGUGACAUUAAUCAGAUGAUCCGUCAGGGUGGCGUGAGUAAGAAGAGAGCAUUCACCAUGGAGGGAGACGAGACUGAGUCUCCAUCUAAAUGCCUCCGUCAAGAGAACGACGACGUGCUGCUCAAGCGCCUCCAGGAUGUCGUUAGCGAGAGAGCGAGUCUCUGAUCCGUGACAUGGCAAUCUCUGAUUGGUCAAGAAGCCAAAGAGUCCGAUGCAAGCCAGUCAAAGCAACAGGCUCUAUUUAAUCUCAUCACAGACCAAUUAUGAAGCCAAAAACUUCCUUUGCUUUCCUAUGUGCUCAGGUAACUCCAGGAUGUAAAGAGAGAUGCUGGUCUCUGAUUGGUCACAUAUGUGCAAAACAGCUCUGUCCAGUCAUAACACAGAACAAUAACAAAGCCAAAAACCCUCUUUUAUCAUCAAAGACCAGUAACAUGCAGCUCAUGUAUCAUGAUUGAUUUAUAAAUACCAACCCCAUGUGGGGUUUACUAUACCAGGUUUUCUGAAGAUCAAGUGUCAUUGUAAGUAAACUUGUUUAUUUGAAAUAUCAUGUAUUAUCAUGAUAUGAAAUGUACUUUUAUGUAAUUAUUUGUAUCUUUAAUACAGAGAUAUUAUUUAGCCAUAAGCUUCCUCAAUCAAAAGAGCCAUCACUACUGUUGUAUCGCAGCAGAGUUGGCAUCUCAUGCAUGAAUGGAAAAAUGGAUCUAACAUUUUAUAUACUGCUAUAGGAACAUGUGAAAAGAGACUAAUUUAAUAAUUUGGUAUAUUUGUGCUUGGAAGGGUUUUAUUUCAUUUUUAAACAUUAUAUUUUAGAAAUUAAGUUCUGGAGUUGACUGGGCUUAUCGAAGCUCUUGAAUUUUUCGAUGUUUUUGGUGAAAGGUGUUUCUAAAAUACAUUUUGCAACUAUACUGUAAAUACUGUAUAUGCAGCUCUAUAUUCACAUGUGUAGUAUCUACACCUCUCAUUUUUAAUUUUGGAUUUCUUUUUUUUUUUAAUGUUUGUUUUCUAGAAACAAAUUAAAAUGUUUUUCCCCCUCACAUAUCCUGUUUUUGGAAACGUUUACCUCCAUUUAUAUUGUAAUUUAAAGAUGAUGGAAAAUUCACCAAAUUGUACAAUGAAAGAGGUAUAUGUUGUAAAAUUACUUGUUUAAAUUUGUUCAACACUGUUUGGUUAACAGUGAUGCUAUUAUAAUUGGAUGAUUUUAAUUAUGUUCAUGUUUUCUGAUUAAAUGAAAGUUCAAAGUGGAUCGGUCACAUGCUUAAUGGAGUGGCAGUGCUUUAUUUCCUCCUAGCUAAACUAGUCAUUAGCUAGCAUGUGUCCAACAUAUUCUGAUUAUUCAGUUGGUGUGUUGUAUUUUACUCAGUCAGUGCUAAGGCAUGUACAUGUUAAUAAAAACAAUUGUUUUAUCAAUUGUUUUCCCAACUUUUUACAUCAGAAAUAAAUGAAUUCAGUUCAACUCAAUUCAAUUCAACUCACUAAAGUCUACCCAAAUAAAUGCAGAACUUGACUCUUUAGAAGAACAUAAGGCUGUUGAUUGUACUGGAAACGCUUCAGCAGGUUAUGGGCUUGUUUCUUCAGGCCUGAUCUAUAAAUGGAAAAUGUUCAGCAGUGUUUCUACUCUUCCUAAGAGUUUGCGUCCUGCAAAGAUGACUGCAAGAGCACAGUGCGUGGAGAAAAUCCAUCCAGUCUUCAUUUUCUAUUUAUGUAUUUUUAUUUCAGAAGUCUUACAUUUAUAGUUGUUAUACUUGUGAAGAUAAAUGAUGAAAUGCAGCAUUAGGUACAAACAAGCACUUUUACAAAUUAAUUCCGAGACCCCGGCAUUGAUGUUUUUGUGUUUAUUUAUUUAAUCUAACCGGCAAUUAUAAACAUCAAAUGUGAUUGUUAUUGGAUGCAUGUAUUUCCAAUGUGUAUUAUAUAGACAACUAGCAACACCAGCAGCUGAUUUUUAUUGUAGUUUUAGUGUCAAUGACGAUUCCAAAAUACCGUACAAAUGCAAAUGUUCUCAUA